AUGGUUCGGCUUAUUCGGGAGCCCAAUAACGCGCACGACCGCAAUGCCAUCCGCGUGGACAACAUCAGAGGGCAGGAGGUAGGCCACGUGGAGGCCAAAAUGGCCUGCCACCUGGCGCCACUUGUCGAUGCAGGAUUGGUCGCGAUCGAAGGCCUGGUCGCAUCUCGCCUACUCUCUGCCGGAGUGCCUCUGGUGGAAACCAACAGCCUCCCUGGUUUGGACACUUUCGGGGAAGCUUCCCCCUCUGGUUCGUUACAGGCUGCUUCGGCUGCUGCGUCAGUGGCUGCUGCUUUGGCGGCACGGAGAGCUGCGAUGAGCCAAGCAGAGCAGGAUAAGGCGGUCUUAUCCAUGUUUGAUGACCUGGCAUGCCAGGUGGAAGCGGAUCGGCCCACAGCGGACCCUCCCUGCCACAUCAUCAGGUCGUCCCUCCUGCCACAUCAGCAGCGGGCGCUGGCGUGGAUGAUCAAGAGGGAAAGCGCGAGGAAGCUUCCGCCGUUUUGGAAAGCCGGGGCCUUAGAGUCUGGCAGCAGCAGCAAAGGGAAGAGAGGAGGGAGAGGAGGAGGAGAGAGAGGGGGAGGGAGACAGGGCAGGGGAGGGCGGGGAAGAGGGAUAGAGGGACAGGGAGGGGGUGCAGGAGGGGUGGAGGGGGGAGUGGGAGGGGUGGAGGGGGAGGAGGAGGAUGGAGAUGACGGGGGGGAGGGCGGGGGGCGAGUGUUCACCAACAUUCUAACCAACUUCACCACAGACGAGAGGCCUAAGGCGCUAAGAGGAGGCAUUCUGGCCGAUGACAUGGGGCUGGGGAAAACACUCUCCCUGCUCUCCCUCGUUGCUGCCACCACUGCUGCUGCUGCUGACACUGGUGAAACACAGGCAACCGGCACCACCUCCACUGGUGCUGCUGGUGGCGCGGACGAAAAGCAGAGCAGGGCGACGCUAGUGGUGUGCCCCCUCUCUGUGCUCUCCAACUGGACGGCGCAGAUAGCAGAGCACGUGGCACCAGGAGCGCUGAGUUACUAUGUGUACCACGGGGCAGACCGCGUGAGAGACCCGAUCUUUCUCUCCGGAUUUGACCUUGUCUUCACCACCUACAACAUCCUCGCUUCUGAGUGCCCCCCUCCCUCUGCCUCCACUGCUGCUGGUGCGGCUGCUGGUGGUGCUGCUGGUGGCUCUUCUGCUGGUGCUGGUAGGGGUGGGUCAGGGGGGAUGGCAGAGGCACAACGGGCUGACAGUCCACCGCCCUCGCCGCCUUCCAUUCCGGGGUGCCCUGGGAUGCUCAUGCCUGCUUAUGCCGGCAUGCCAGGGGCCCGGGGAAGGAAGAGGAAGGCGCCAGGGGCAGCAGCGCAGGGGCAGAGGAAGCGAGGGGGGAUGGCAGGGACGGCGGGAGGAGCGAGCAGCAGCAGUAGGAGCACUGCAGGAGCUGCAGCAGCAGGAGGAGCAGGAGUAGGUGAAGAGACAGCAGGAGGGGGGCCGUUACUGCAGGUGAAAUGGAGGCGGGUUAUUCUGGACGAAGCGCACGUGAUCAAAUCCGUGCAGACGCGGGCGGCGCGGGCGGCGACAGCGCUGCAGGCGGAGAGGCGGUGGGCGGUGACGGGCACUCCGGUGCAGAACCAGCUGGGUGAUCUCUUCUCGCUGCUCUGCUUCCUCCGCCUUGAUCCUCUCAACGAUCGCUCGAUUUGGACCCGCGCGAUUGACCGGCCAAUGAGGGAGCGCCAACACAUCGGGUUGGACAGAUUAAGGGCACUGGUUCUCUCAACCGCUCUAAGGCGCACCAAGGACAUGCAGGUGAACGGCCGGCCGCUGCUGUCACUCCCUCCCAAGACCGUGCGAGUGCUGCCAGUUGACCUGCUGCCAGAGGACCGUGACCUCUAUGACCGAGUGCAGGAGGAGGUGCGGCGCCUUGUGGGUGGCAUGAUGGCACAGGGCACGCUGAUGAAGAACUAUGCUACAGUGCUCGAGAUGAUCCUACGGCUGAGGCAGAUCGCAGACCACAAGGGACUCUGUCCACCGCACGUUCUUGAGGCCAUUGCUGCAUUGGCAGCUGCAGCAGAGGAAGCAGACAGAAACCAGGAUAAAAAAGCUGCAGUUCCUCUGGACCCCCUUCUUCUUCAAAAGCUUCUGAAACUUUUAGCAGCAGGAGCAGCAGACGAGGACUGUCCCAUCUGCCUAUCGCCUCCCAUUCUUCCGGUCAUGACUCCUUGUGCUCACAUCUUUUGCCGCCGCUGCAUUCGUCGGUUAUUUUCCAUUCAGAAGCAUGCCUGCCCCAUGUGCAGAGCGCCAGUAGAUGAGGCUCAUCUGGUGGAGGCUCCACCUAAUGCUGCAGAAGGAGAGGGUGGUGGUGCUAAUGGGGAUCAUGCCAAAGGGGGCUUGAUGGAAGGGGUUGAGGGGAAUACAAGUGCCAAGAUUGAUGCGCUUAUAGCCGCUCUUCAUGAACCUCUUCAGGUGCCACCAGGGUACCAACCUCCAGAUGCUAUUGCAGGGCCUAGUGCAAUGGGAGGAGGUGGUGGGCAUCAGCAGCAGAGGGUUAAGAGUGUUGUGUUUUCUCAGUUCACUCGGAUGCUGGAUUUGGUGUAUGAGAGGUUGCAGGCUGCAGGAUUCAAGUGCUGUAGAUUGGAUGGGCGCACCAAGCUAAGUGUGAGGGAGAAGGCGAUUGCAGAGUUCAACCGGGUGGAUGAAGAUUCUCCUACUGUCUUCCUUGUGGGGCUCAGAGCAGCAGGUGUGGGUUUGAACCUUACAGCUGCAUCACGUGUUUUUCUGCUUGAACCUUGGUGGAACCCUGCUGUGGAGCAACAAGCAAUGGACCGAGUCCAUCGCAUUGGACAGGAAAAUCCAGUGGAUGUUGUGAGAAUGGUUGCUGCUGACAGCAUAGAAGAACGAAUGCUGGUGCUUCAGGAGAGAAAACGAGCAAUUGCACGUGCUGCCUUUGAGCGUAGAUCUGCUGAAGAUCAGCAAUUAUUACGAAUGGACGAUGUGCGUCUGCUAAUGGACAUGUAA